GUCUAUAUGAGACAGCUGUAUGGGCAGGAGACCUCCUCCCACAAGAUGGCGGCAGCAGGCAGUGACAGGAGUUAGUGUGUGUGACCCUGUGUGCUGCUGCUGCAUGGUGUCAGCUGUCUGCACGGGCAGGUUUCGCCAGAAUGCUCUGACCCCGAGACAUUGUUAUAAGAGGCGGAGAGUUCCUGGGACCUUACCCUAUGUCGCCUGUGAGGGAUAAGAAUCCAAUGACUGACACCAUCCUGAAUCUCACCCUGGAGAUCAUCUACUUGCUGACCGGAGAGGACUAUAUUGUUGUGAAGAAGCUGAGAGAACAUGAGCCAAAGUGCGUGGCGGACAAAGCCCGCAGGUCCCGGACCCCCAUGAUGGAGCCUCCGCCUCGCUUGCUGAGACGUGAGAGAAACAAGGACCGGAAGAUUCUGCUGAUCACCAACAGGAUCAUUCAGCUGCUGACUGGCGAGUGGGAGUACAUGGAAGAACACAAACACCGGUACCAGGACACGAUGGCAGAGCAGAGUUACACCAGGGACUCGGAGGGCGGUGAUGGAGAAAAUCCGGAACUGUCAGAAAUAAGUGGCUGUGAUUCAGAGGAAGGUUCUACGUGCUGUCAGGGUGAGGAGGAAAGUCCAGAUUCUUGUACCCGUCCCUGUUCUCCGGGGUCUAUAGAGAAAGAGACCGGGAUUGUCACCCAGGAUUGUCAGCAGGAGGAGUCGGGAGACGGGAUAUCACCGCAGCAAGAUGAGGAAGAGGCCGUUCCUGCCGAGAUCAGCUCAGGUGGGUGCAGCUCUAGAACUCCGGCAGACCGCUGUGAGACCCCUCUGUACUCUCCGGGCUGUAUAGAGGAAGAGAACAGGACUGUGACACAGGAAUAUCAGGAGGGAAGCAGGAUAUCUCCCGAGCAGUGUAAGGAAGAGGCCGUCGCUGCUGAGAUCAGCUCAGCUCUUGUGGCCAGAAGGGAAGGGCACCUCCAACAACAUGACGCUGCGUUUUGUGCUUCAGAAAGGGACUUUACUAACGACGUCGCCCAGAAUUACCUGUCGACAAAACUCCGCAGCGAAACCUCCUCCCUCACCUGGACGAGAUCAGUGACUAUCCAGGAUAAUGAGCCGUCCUCACGCCGAGAACUUAAACUGGCCGAGUCCGUGACGGAACGCCUGAGGGCCAAGUAUUCCUACAACCCUCCGAACAAACGCAGGAAAGGAAAUCCAGUUCCACUCAGAAAAGAAGAGCAGAAUAUAUUCACUACGUGGGAGGACAAACUCGAUAACGAACUGGAUUUCAUCUCAAACCUGGAACCCAGCGAGCACACGGCGUACCAAUGCCCCCACUGCCAGGACUGCUUCAUUAAUGCCUCGGAUUUCCUCACGCACCAGGCCCUUCACAAAGCAGAGUCGUGGCUUCCUCUGCUUUACAAGACGCCGCCUUUCCCGGUCGCAGACUCUGGCGCCAAGCAGAAACAGUUUGCGUGUUUUGAAUGCGGGAAGUGUUUUAUGUACAACUCUGCGCUCAUUAGACACCAGAGAAUUCACACGGGGGAGAGGCCCUUUGUCUGCUCGGAGUGUGGAAAGUGCUUUUCCCAGAACACUCACCUCGCUAAACAUCGCAAGAACCAUCAGACGCCCGCCUGAGUUACUGUAUAUAUCUAUAUAGCUUGGGGUGUGAUACAUAAUCCCUGGGUUCGGGUUGCCGGCGGUCACAUGACUGAUACCGGAAUCCCGCAACUGAGAAUCACAACAUUUAUUAGGGGUAAGUUAUCUAAUCUGCUUGUUACCCGGCGUCUUGGAAGCCAUUUUGGAUCGGCCAAUGACUGUGUUGAGUUUUGGAGUGUAAAGUUUGUAUUCGGAAAGCAUCAAUGUAAAUAAUCAGGAUUUUUUUUGUUUUGUUAGAUUUGUGUUUUCUGGUCCCAAUAUGAAAAUUAUAAUAUUGAGCACAAUAAUCUGCUUUCCUAGGGUUAGAUGAGGAAUUAAAAUGUAGAUUUGCACUUUUAUUUUUUGGUUGUUUUACAAAGUGUUAUUUAUAUUCACUUUUUUGAACAGUUAUUUUUAUGUACAGUAUGUUAUUUACAACCUAAUUACAUACGUCCGGAGAAAAGUUA